AUGGCGCUCGCGGACUAUGCACAGGCGGAUAGCUACCUCCAGUCGGGCUUCGCGCACACGAUAGGCUGGGGCAGCCGCUCGCCGCUGAACACGCUCGCGAACCCGGCGUCGGCGAUCGCGCCUGCCUCGAUCAGACGUCUCUCGUUGCGGCUGCGCGCAGGGAAGGUGCCGCUCGUGCGGCGGACAAGAGUCGAAUAUACGGAGCCGGACAUGUCGGACGCGGGAAUCUUCUUCUACAAGACGCCGCUGCUCACUGUCUUCCAGAAGGGCAUCGAGACGGGCUUGGAGAGCUGUGUUACGGGCCUGGAGCCGCGCGACGGCGAGCUGGUCGUCCUCAAGCGGUAUCCCAGCGCCUUCUUUGCGACGGACCUCGACACACGGCUGCAAUUGAAGGUCGUAGACAUGUUCGUUGUCUAA